UCUGUGGAUUCUUCCUGACUUGAUGGUGGUGCGCAUCUCAUCGACCGAGAAUACCGAUUUCUGAACAUCUCGGCCUUUCCCCCGCCGCACCGUGAGCCGUGUUGUCCUGCGAGCGGCUGCGAAGGGGAGCGGGUUGCAUUGGCUUGGCGGGGUUAAAGGGAACCAUUAUAUCGGUCAGUAUUAUGACAAACGGAGAUGACACACAUCCAGAAGGAGCCGUAUUUGUUUUGUAUGGCGAUAUGAGGCAGGGGGUGGAGAGUCGCCACAGAGACGCUGGGCUCCGGCCAAACAUCACCGCAUUUUAGCACUUAUUCGAUGCUCGGGCUUUACAUUGCAUUGCAUUUGCUGCAUCGUUGAUCGGCCGUAUUUUUGCAAAGUGCAUGGUGGAACAUGCAGCUAGUUUGAGGACAACCCCCCCUCCAGAUAUCCUUUGCUGCCAUGAUAGGCAGAGGUGUGCUCUCGACCGCGGCUCGGCCGGUUGGAGAGGAGGCAGACUGAUUUGGGACGGCGGGUUGCAUCUGCGGAUGUUAUUCUGUCUGUGGAGCCUGUAAAUAUCAUCGGCGCAAACACACCGUGAUUCUUACUCAGGGAAAAAGGAGAACGAAAACAUGUCUUCUCGAUCUGCAUUACCGUCUGGAAACGACAGGAGUACUGGAGACCAUCAUGUGUCGCUGGGGGCCAGCCGCUCAGACAAGGCCACCAGCCAGUCCAGCCGCUCGCUGGGCGCCCGGUGCAGGAACUCCAUCGCCUCCUGCUCCGACGAGCAGCCGCACAUCGGCAACUACCGACUGCUCAAGACCAUCGGCAAGGGAAACUUUGCCAAGGUCAAGCUGGCCCGCCACAUCCUGACUGGCAAGGAGGUUGCAAUAAAAAUAAUUGACAAAACUCAGUUGAACCCAACCAGCCUACAAAAGCUCUUUCGGGAGGUACGAAUAAUGAAAGGCUUAAAUCACCCUAACAUAGUGCAGCUGUUCGAGGUGAUUGAGACUGAUAAGACCCUUUACCUAAUCAUGGAGUACGCCAGUGGAGGUGAAGUGUUUGACUACCUCGUGUCUCAUGGGAGAAUGAAGGAGGUUGAAGCCAGAGCCAAAUUUCGACAGAUUGUUUCCGCUGUCCACUACUGCCACACGAAGAACAUUGUCCACAGAGAUUUGAAGGCGGAGAACCUUCUGCUGGAUGCCGACGCCAACAUCAAGAUCGCCGACUUCGGCUUCAGCAACGAGUUCACGCUGGGCAACAAGCUGGACACGUUCUGUGGCUCGCCGCCCUACGCUGCCCCCGAGCUUUUCCAGGGCAAGAAGUACGAUGGGCCUGAGGUGGACGUCUGGAGUCUCGGAGUCAUCCUCUACACGCUGGUCAGCGGCUCGCUGCCCUUUGAUGGGCAGAACCUAAAGGAGCUGAGGGAGCGUGUGCUGAGGGGAAAGUACCGCGUUCCCUUCUAUAUGUCCACAGACUGUGAGGGGAUCCUUCGACGAUUUCUGGUGCUCAACCCCGCCAAACGCUGCACCCUAGAGCAAGUCAUGAAGGACAAGUGGAUAAAUACAGGGUAUGAGGGGGACGACCUGAAGCCCCAUAUAGAACCUGUUGAAGACUACAGUGAUCCAGCUCGCAUAGAGGUGAUGGUCGGGUUGGGCUUCACUCCAGAGGAAAUCAAGGACUCUCUGCUCAAUCAGAAAUACAACGAGGUCACCGCCACCUACUUACUGCUGGGCCGCAAAGGCGAUGAGGGCAGUGAGGCUCGCACAGCCAGUAGCCUAUCCCUGGCGAGGGUACGACCCAGCCCCAUCACCAACGGGACCAACAAGCACUCAGCCACGGGCUCCUCUUCCUCCUCCACCUCCUCCUCUCAUAGCAAGACCCAGCGUAGUGCCUCCACCUACCACAGGCAGCGACGACACAGCGACUUCUGCGGGCCCUCCAUGCCCGUCAUGCACCCCAAACGGAGCCCGACCAGCACGGGCGACCGGGAGCUGCGGGAGGGACGCAUGCCUUCACGUAAGGCCAGUUGCAGCGUGAUGGGGAGCCACAGCCUCCCUCCCUCCAGCCCAAUGGUCAGCAGUGCCAACAAUCCAAACAAGUCUGAGAUCCCAGACCGCCGCAAAGACAUGACUGCCACCACGAAUAACAUCCCUGGAAGCGCCAUGACACGCCGGAAUACAUAUGUGUGCACAGACCGCUCGGGCGCUGACAGACACUCUCUUCUGCAGAACGGCAAAGACAACAGCUCCCUGGGCCACCGCAUGCCUGCAGCGUCUCCCUCCACGCUCAGCAUCGCUGGGGCCGGAGCUGCCUCCUCCUCUUCCUCUUCGGACCGGUGCCGCCUGACCCGAGGCUCAACAAUCCGCAGCACCUUUCACGGGGGACAGCUGAGGGACCGCGGGCCCCCGGUCUACUCAGCCCCACCCACUUCACCCACCUUGUCCCACCAUGACGCCAGCCCUCUGCCCCACGCCCGCACCAGGGCAACCUCCAACCUCUUCACUAAGCUGACCUCGAAACUCACUCGCAGGGUCAACCUUGACCCGUCCAAGCGCCAGGGCUCAAACAAAUCAGUCUCGGGUUGUACUCUUCCACAAGGAUCAAAAACAGUUAGGUCACAAAUGAAUCUGAGGGAAUCAGGAGAUUUGCGGUCGCAAGGUCAGUACACAUCAGCUGCAGUCCAGUGCUUGAACAUUUUUCUGAUUUUUCUUCCUCUCCCUAGUUGCCAUCUACCUGGGUAUCAAAAAGCGUCCGAGCCCCGGGCCGUCGGACGUGGCUGGGAUCUGAGAGGUGGUGGGCGGCGGGACCCUGCGGAGGUGGUACUGGCUCUGCGGGAGGCGGCGCUCGGAUGUGGCUGCCAGGUCCACCAUGCCGGCCCCUUUCUGCUCUCCUGCACCCAUGGCGUGGCAGGGGGUCGCGUGGCUUUCGAGGCCGAGGUCUGCCAUCUUUCCACGGGCACCUCCGAGUCUUCUAACGGGGUGCGCUACACGCGACUCUGGGGGGCGCCGCUAGCUUUUCGGGACAUUGCCACCCAAAUCUCUAAGGACCUUGAACUUUGAACGGAGGGUGUGUUUGCGUACCAGUAUGUGUUUUUGUGUGAGUGAGUAUUGAUGCGUGUGCGCAAAGGGAGGGGGGUGGAAAUAAUUGAAGAAAAAAAAAAAUAGCAGAGAAGGGGCUAGGGGCUGGACCCGAGAAAAAAAAAGACUUCUCCUUAUGUCUCUAACAUGACUACCCCCCCUGCACACACACACUCACACACAGAUACACACACACCUGACCCGUAAAUCACACGGAUUGAAGCACCCCUCCACCUAAUCACCCCACCCAGCUCAGCCAACUUCUUCACUGAGCAACUGCACCCACUGGACCUGGAUCAGAUGGAAUCUAGUUUAAUAUUUUUUAUUGCUACUCUAGCCAUAAUGACUCUUUAUUUUGUUAUUUAUUGCUCUGAUCAUUGUUUUUACCCACUGUCACUUUCACCACUACAGAAAAGCAUCUCUUGUGUAUCAGACGUCAUUGACCAGCCAGUCCUUUUUUUUAAUUUUUCUUUUAUAUGUCACCUUUACGCACAUUUAUUAUUUUCCCUUACCGAUGAUGUGAUUAUCUGCUGACUUUUCAUCACCUGGGGGACAAUAACAUGCACAAACAUGGAGAUGGUCCGACUCAGUGAUCAGAUAAGCAGCCGCAGAGGGUUGCAUUGCUUUGAUUCGUGUACAUACAGCAGUGACGACUGCACUGGAUUAAGGUCUGUGGGAGACCAGGGUUGACCGGUCUUUGAAACAGCCAAUCAGAGGCUGACCUAGAAUACAAAAAGCCAGUGACAUCUUCCACUUCAUGACAGAGUUGUCGCCUGUCAAUCACAUUAGUUUCUCUGCAUGGGACUAGCAGAAACGAAAAUUGUUGGUAGAAGCAAAGCCCUUGGUUAGCAACUUAUUUAUGCAUACAAGAAGAAGAGAACAUUUUGGUGCAGUAAUGCCGUGCUCCAUUUUAGAUUCUUGCUACACCAAAAUCAAAAUGAAAUCAAUACAGCUGAAUAGGUUAAAUAGUAGGUAAUACAACUUUCAUACCAUUGUUGUCAUUGAAAACUUUUUCUAUGCUGGCUCUCUAGAAGAAUGAAUAGCGAGGCCUGCAAAGACUACAUGCGCACAUGCUGCUCUCUGGUUGGCUGGAUUCAUUGUCUGUCAGUGCUGGUCAUCGUCAGGAAAACUUGGUCAAAGCAUUUGGAUUUUUCAACCUCCCACCCCGUUUCAUCCCUUUACCUUUCUUCAAAAGCAUUGUACUGAAGGCAUGACAGCAGAGGCACAUGCUCGAGAAUAUCUUUCUAACUCGAAACCCUUAACCGUUGAAAUCGUUCAAGGUGAUUAAAGCAAGCGUGAGGGACAAAUGUGGUUUGUCGUGCAAACCUUGCCCUUGAAAUCUGUCAGUUGUCCCACCACAGAAUAACAGAUACUGGUUUAUUUUCAGUGCAAUGCAAUUCUUUGGUUCUAUUCUGUGCCAUGUGAUCUCACCUCAGCCAUCAUCUCAGUAUGUUGAUGGGAAACACCAAAAGCAGAUCAGCCACGCAGCGAAACCUCUCAGAUUACACACUCACCUUUACACACACAGGGAAACACACACUUCCAAAUGUCCACCCUCUCCAUUUUGUGGCACAGUCUAUAAACUGGUCUGUCCAUUAUUGAUGACUGUGGGCUGUGGGGAUCAGGGGGGAGUGUUCUGAAUCUGGAAAGGCACGGUGAAGGCAGUGUGCACAGUGUUUUCUUUUUGUUAGUCCAGUUGCCUUUAAAGUGAACAACCCCCAGCGCCUUCAUACAGUACAUAUUUGAUGUAUAAAAAAAAAGAGAGAGACAGAAAAAACUGAGAAAGCUUUCUAUUCUCCCUCCCUGUUUUUAGUGAAUAACGUACUGUGAUAUUUAUGUAGGCUACAGAGAUCAUGUUGUUUGGCUGCUGAUUUACUGUUAAUACUAUCUCUCAGUUGUGGCUUUGCUCAUGGUGACCCAAAACACCCCGCUACCCCACCUCCAUUUCCUUUCCCACCCAUCAUAAACUCCCCAACUCCCUACAUUUAACAGGGACGCCCACCUUAGCUGUCCACCACCUUUGUAUGUACCACCGACUUUUUUCUAUCGUCACAAUGAGCGUUUGGCUUUCCUCGGCUCUUCGUUUGAGACCCUGUUUUCUCACCGGGAAACACUCAGCCAUCAUCCACACUCUCACAUUGUAGACCCAUGUAUGACAUCUUCUCAGUCCUGUUUGGUGUGUGCUGUUUCAUGGAGCCCAACAGGGGAGACUGGUGUUGACCUGUCCUCCUCCUCAGGGUGAUAAGCAGACACCAAUAUGGAUGCCAGGAGUCUGUCCUUGACCUCUCCCUGGACGUUUCUCAUUGUGGUGUAUAUUAGCAUUAGGUAAUAUAGACCUCAAUGCACUUUGCUUUGACUUGAAUCAGCUCCUUCCAGUGUACCUGUAUAGGUAAUACCCAGAACUAGCCACUGGAGGGCGCCAAUGUCUUAAAUGUGAAACACUUCAAUUUGUGGAUAUUUGCACAGGUACUUUAUUUAUUUUUUAGAAUAAUAUCAUUUAAAAAAACAGGAUUUAUAUCAGUCAGUUGAUGGCUGUAUAUAAAAUAUAUGAAUAUAGUAUAUAUCUUAGAGCUCAAGGUUUAUUUAUAGCUAGAGCAAGGGAAGUAAUUCUAGUUUAAAGCAGAUUCUGUCAGUGACAAUGGGGAACAAAACCAACCUGCAAUCCUGCAUGACUUCAGAGUUUGGGUUUUAGGGGAAAAAAUGAAACAUGAUGCACACCUAGGAUUGGAAGCUUUGUGAAAUGCAGACGCGAUCGUUUUUAGACAUGAAUUGAUACAAAGAAAUGGUGCUAAAAGUAGCACCAGGUCCUUCCCCCUUUCACAAAAACAAACAGGAAGGCUUGGGUGAAAUACAGUGACUUCACUCCACCUUGUUUGCUAGCGGAUAGGUUCAGUGCACUCAAGAGGGCCUCUGAGUUCUUAGAAGGAUUUAGAUAUGCCAUGAAAUGUACCACACGGUACAGUGUGUGAGAAAAAUGUUCAGUUUUAGAUCCAACAAGGACACUUGCAUUGGGAAUAAAUUGUGCAGUUUGGUUCUAUUUUAGCUUGAAUUUACAACAAUCCCAAUAAGUCCCUGACAUGUUGAAAGCCCUGGGUUGCAUUCAAGCCAUAGAAACGUAAUGUCACUGUCUUCUUAUAGCAAAUAUGAAUCAGGUUGUUUGCGAAGAAUUUCAUUGGAAAUUAUUGAAGUGAAAUGGGCUAAAAAGCAAAUAACUUUGUGUAAAACAACUCACUCUUAGUAUAAGAUAGAUGAACAGUGUCUUAAGGUGGAAUCUACUGUGAAAAAUUCUUAAAGAGGUUUGUUGACCUGAGUGUUGAGUAAACGCGUGUAUACCUGCUCAGAGACCGUGUGUCGCUGGUCUGGUUUAGAUGGUGGAUGGUACAGUAUUAGGACCCCAGGGGGCUCAGUAUUUAACAUGUACUGUCAUUUCAAAACUGAUUUUGGAAACAGUUGAUGUUAUAUGCAAAAGAGACUGUAAACUGUAAACUGAGAUCGAGUGGUUGUGGUAUAUAAGGAGAACAUGGAGCUGAAGAUGAAUAAAAAUCACUGAUGUUGGCA